AUGUCCGACAUAAUUUUCGAUGGCCGUGCAUAUUGUAAAAUAAUGCUGCACGCUGCAAAAUAUCCUCACUUAGCAGUAAAUGGAUUGUUGCUCGCAGAAAAUGGUAAGCCCAGUGUGAUUGUAGAUGCGGUUCCUUUAUUCCAUCAGUGUUUGCAUGUGUCACCCAUGGCGGAAGUAGCAUUAAUUCAGGUGGAGUCCAAAGCAGUUAAGAAAAAUCAACAGAUUGUGGGAUAUUAUGUUGGAUGUGAGAAUUUCUAUGAUAACCAUUUCGACCGAGCACCGGGAAUUCGCAUUGCGGACAAAAUUGCUGAACAAUGUUCCGAUGCUUGUGUGGCAGUAAUCGAUAAUCGUGCUGUUUCGAUUGAAAUGCGUUACCCUGCAUUAAAAGUGUGGCAACAUCGAGACCGUUGGUCAAAAGCCAAAUGUAUUGUGAGAAAUGAAACGGAUACGUUUGAUACCGUAUCGUGCCUGCUACAACGCGGCGCUGCGAAGGAGUUGAAUGAUUAUGACAAUUAUCUAGACAAUACCCAAAAUGAUUGGGAUAAUACCCAUUUGAAUGGCGAUUUGAAACAAUUACUAGCAAUGUAUUAGUAGAUCAUUAUCAGCAUACCAAAUAUGUUUGAAAUAUAUGUAUCCAAAACAUUGUGUAAGCAUUUUUGGUUUAUUUUGGUAUUAUGGAUUAUUUAGUACUGGUUUAGUAUCAAUGAGAAUUGAAUUAAAAGUCAUCCUGUAUAUGUAAAAUAUGUAUUUUGAAA